UCAGGCCUCAAUUGCAUAGGAAAAAAAAUACUUUCUUUUCUUUAUCGGGUAUAAAUGUUCUUUUUUUAAUAGUUUUAGUGAUUUCCAUUCUUUUAAAUGUAGGCUUAAGUCUGAAAAUCGAUAUACGUAUAAAUGGAAUAUUUUGUUAAAAAAAAGAUUGCUAAUUGAAUAAAAAAGAAAAAUAAAAACUGACAAAAUUUGGGCCCGUCUUUUCAUUUAGCCGAACGCAGCUCAACCUAACGUUGGACUUGGGCUUCGUCGAACCAUCAAACGAGACCAUUACAGGUCCGCAUGCGGCAGCAGAACUAAUCGAACGGUCCACAACCAAACUAAUUUUUGUCGAAAACACUUUCUUGACCGUUCGUUUCCUCCGCUUGGUUCCCUAGGGUCUUGUUUCCCUAGACUGCAAACUCCAAUCUCUUUCUCCUCGAUCAAAGUACUGGCAAAGACAACUUCAACACAAAAGAAAAAUCCAUGGCAGUGAAAAGUUCAGCUUCCGCUCAUGCCAAACGCUCUCGGAGAAAAGAUGAUGGUGCUUCUUCUUUGAUCCCCAAACUUCUCAAGAACCCAAAGACGGCAAUGGCUUUGGCUUUACUCUUCAUUGACUCCCUCCUCAUCUCCUUCAUCAUCGCCUACGUCCCUUAUACGAAGAUAGAUUGGGACGCUUACAUGUCUCAGGUAAGUGGGUUUCUUGGAGGAGAAAGGGAUUACAAGAACUUGAAAGGAGACACUGGUCCACUUGUCUACCCAGCUGGUUUCCUUUAUGUUUAUUCUGCUAUUCGUUAUAUUACGGGAGGACAGGUUUUUCCAGCUCAGAUAUUGUUUGGGAUUUUAUACAUCAUAAACCUGGGAAUCGUCUUAUUAAUCUAUUUAAAGACUAAUGUGCUUCCGUGGUGGGCUCUGAGCUUGAUUUGUCUCUCAAAGAGAGUUCACUCAAUAUUUGUUCUUCGUUUGUUUAAUGACUGUUUUGCAAUGACACUCCUCCACGCUGCAGUGGCAUCCAUUCUGCAUCAAAGGUGGCAUUUGGGAUUGAUUAUUUUUAGUGCUGCAGUUUCAAUAAAGAUGAAUGUCCUUCUCUAUGCUCCACCUCUUUUUAUACUCAUGCUAAAGGCUAUGAAUAUCAGUGGGGUAAUAUCAGCUUUAGCUGGCGCGGCACUUGUGCAGAUUGUGCUGGGGCUGCCAUUUUUAGUAUCAUAUCCAACUGCAUAUAUAUCGUGCGCCUUUAAUCUUGGACGUGUCUUCAUCCACUUCUGGUCUGUUAACUUCAAGUUCAUUCCUGAACCAAUUUUUGUGUCAAAGGAAUUUGCAGUCUCUUUGCUGAUUGCUCACCUUUUAUUGCUCUCUGUAUUUGCUCAUUAUAAAUGGUGCAAACAUGAAGGUGGGCUUUUUAAUUUUUUUUGUUCGAGGAUUAGGACUUGUUUAUCAACAUCUAUGAGUUCAUGGCCAAAAAUCCUCAAGAAAGAACAUAUUGCGACAACCAUGUUUGCUGGAAACUUUAUUGGCAUUGUAUGUGCCCGCUCAUUGCAUUAUCAAUUCUACUCGUGGUAUUUCUAUAGCUUGCCUUACCUGUUGUGGAGAACACCUUUCCCUACAUUGCUUCGUGUGCUUUUGUUCGUAGGAGUGGAGCUCUGCUGGAAUGUCUAUCCGUCAAACUUUUAUUCAUCUGCUCUACUCCUUUGUCUUCACUUAUUUAUACUGUGGGGUUUAUGGUCUUCUACUCCUGAAAAUCCUUAUGCAAGUGAUAAAUCGCUUAGCAGAAAAGAAAAUUGAAAUGCCCAGUAUUUUCAUUUUUGCCUUUACCGGUGAAAAUUAUGUACUGAUCUUCUAGAUGUAAUCCAAUUACACCUCAAAUCAAGUUAGUUCUCUACAUAUUUAUACACGGGGAGAAUCUGGCUAACUUGCUUAAACGCCUUUUUGAGAUAUAGUAGAAUGAGCUUAGUUGCAUUUACCUGUUAAUUUUUUUUUUCUCUUGGUAAUUCUAUGAACUUAUUGUAAUUCUUGCUCUGAACUCUAUUGAUUUUACCAUUUGAUUUGCCAUUCAAAUUUUGUAUUAACUAUUCCAGUGCUCAUACAUAUACACCAAUACUGUAAUUCUCAUAAUAAAGACCAAGUUGAUGACCAAGCUGAUAGAUGAUUCACAGAUAUUAAGAAUGACAUCAGUCCAACAGCGGA